AAGCUCCUGCUUUGUGGGCGUGGCUUGAAAUUUUUUUCUCCCCGAAGAGGUACAAAUUGUCUUUUAACACAUUAUUUCUUGUCGUAUUUUUCGGCUCAACACCCUAAAAGUUACUGCAAAAGCUCCUGCUGUGGACCUGUUGAGGCUGAAGACUCUAAGAGGUUACAAACCUGCUUUUCUAACCCCUAAAAAGUACUACGAGCACCCCCGUCCUUUCUAUACGAAAGUGCCCCCGGGCUGUCAAUAUGCUACUUUAAUUACAGAACUUUACUGGUUUUUUUUUUAGCAUGAGUACCUGGAAGCCGUGACCAACGCCUACAUGAUGAGUGGAGUGCUGGUCACCGAGUCUAAAGAGGUUCCUCAUUUUCGUUACACUGAUGGUACUACUUACUUGAAGGAAGCGUCUUCGCCUGAAAGGACUGGCAACUUGAGUCGCUGGUCCGUCACCAGUCCUCCGCAACCUCAAGGCUUUGAAAUAAGCGAGGAAGAGGGACACUUCACGGUGUCUUAUUUGGCCAAGCAGCUGGAAAGAAGUGCUGAGUGUACAUCUCCGGCUCCCCGAAGUCGAAACGAAAAGCGAAUCAGCUCAGCUCUGGAAUUGGCGCGAAAAAUCACCAUGUACAACAACCGCUACAAGGCGGCCGGGAUAAUCGGACAGGAGACUGAGGUCCAGCCAGCUCCUUCACUCAAACCCAGGACCCCCGUUCAACCAUACCCGUACUUUCCGUGGCAGCCUAAAGGAGACUGUUUGUCCAGUACUAAGGCGCGUUUGUAUGAACCGAAACCUGUGAAAGAGCAAGAACUGAAGAAGUCUUUUUCCCAGAUGUCCCUGGAAGAAAGGAAAAUCAAGAAAGUCAGUCAAAAGAACUCCACGCGAAAGAAAACGGUGUCCGCGGCGGCUGCUGAACGUACAAACUGGCAACAAACAGAGGAACAAAUGGCGUGUCCGUCCAGCAAACGAGAAAUUCAAGAGCUCGAACCAACAAAUACUACUCAGUUCCAGUCUCCGAGGCUGCCCGCGACUACAGAGCUUAGUACACCGGACAAUCACGUGCAACCCGCGCCACUUGUGGGGCCCAGACCCAUGAAGAAAUACACCGGCAAUGGACAGGCGCCACUAAACAGGAAUCCUACUGGUUUGAGGCCAAGCGCAAUUGACAGAUUCAACCCUUUAACGAAGCCCAGUUCUACAUUGGUGGACACCCCUCGUUUCACAAGUAACAAUCCUACUCUAGUGACCGGACGCCAUUCACCUGUUUACGUGGCUGUACCUGUUGACAGACCCCCCGUGAAGCUCAAGCCCAGGAUUCGUGCCACUGCGCAGGACACGAAGGACAUAUCUACCAUAAACGAGCUGAGGAGCAAACUGUUAAAUGUCGACGACUCGGGAACAUUAGUCACGUAUGCUUUACAGAACCACGAAGAGGACGAGGUGAGGAUUCUUGUCCAGGGUCCGAAAUUGCGCUUUCCUGGUCGCCAAUGCGACUAAAAAUUUUGCACUGACGCCAGCGGGCGAUUAAC